AUGCGCGAAUGUAGAGUGCAAAUCAAAACCUUCCUCUCUCCGGCUCUUAAUGAAGCAAGAACGCAGGAUGCAAUGGAAAUAUCAUCACACAAGCUUUGCGGAAGGAACUUAACACCAUUACACCCGAAUGUGAUCAAGAUCUCCAAUUAUUUGAGAGCGACACUGAUAUUGGACUUACUCUGGCUUUACAAAAUAAAGACACCUCCUCUUCAGCCAAAAAUGCUAUUGAACCAACUUCUGAAAUAUGCUCCAA